AUGCAUGUGAGCCAGGUCCCUGAGAAUCAUCUGCAGGUGCAGUGGUAUGCACCUGGAUCUUGGCCCCUUCCAGAAACAUACAGACUCAAAUACCAGCUUCGCUACAAGCGCUGCAAAGCUGGGCACUUCCUGCAGACGGCCAGGCACCACAGCACUUUCAUGGCCUUGUACCAGAGUCACCAGCACUACAUGAUCCAGAAAGCAAAGCUCAUAACCCAGCUACUGGAUAACCCUGUGGGCAAGGGAGAGUGUGUGCAAGCAAGACAGGGCCCUGAGUGGGAUCCGAGCCUGCAGGUGCAGUGUCGAGCUUCCAGGUACCCUAUCAGCAUUGAUUGCUCCUGGACACAUUCCCCAGCGACAGAGGCCAACGUGUCCACCCACUUCAUCACCACAUACAGGGUCGGAAUGGAUGACAGCAAGCCCUGCAAUCAGUCGAUACCUGGCUCCCUCAGUUGUAGCAUCUCAGACUUCAUGAAUUUCUCCAAGUUACCUCACGUGCUCAAUAUCACAGCCAUCCACCCCGGGGGCAUCACCACCAAUCUCCUGACCUUUGUGCCUGAUAAUAUCAAAUCAUAUAGACUCAAAUACCAGCUUCGCUACAAGGGCUGCAAAGCUGAGCACUUCCUGCAGGUGGGCCCCAUUGAACACACCAACUUAACGAUCGAGUUGAUGCACCUAAAGGGCAAUUACUGCAUCCAGGUCAAUGCUCAGGAUCUCUUGGGCCAUGGGGAGCCAAAUCCGAGCCUUCAGGUGCAGUGUCGAGCUUCCAGGUACCCAGUCAGCAUAGAUUGCUCCUGGACACAGUCCCCAGCUCCAGAGGCCAACAUGUCCAACAACUUUAUCACCACAUACAGGGUCGGAAUGGAAGACAGCAAGCCCUGCAACCAGUCGAUACCUGGCUCCCUCAGUUGUAGCAUCUCAGAUUUCAUGAAUUUCUCCAAGUUGCCUCAUGUGCUCAAUGUCACGGCCAUCCACCCCACGGGCAUCAGCACCAACCUCCUGACCUUUGUGCCUGAUGAUAUCAUCAAACCCGACCCUCCGGUGAUCAUGCAUGUGAGCCAGGUCUCUGAGAAUCAUCUGCAGGUGCAGUGGAAUGCCCCUGGGUCUUGGCCCCUCCCAGGUGUCUAUGGACUCAAAUACCAGCUUCGCUACAAGCGCUGCAAAGCUGAGCACUUCCUGCAGGUGGGCCCCACUGAUCAAACCAACUUAACGAUCGAGUUGAUGCACCUAAAGGGCAAUUACUGCAUCCAGGUCAAUGCUCAGGAACUCUUGGGCCAUGGAGAGCCAAGCGAAUGGAGUCCUUCCACCGUUUACUUCAUCCCUCCAGAUCCGAGCCAGCAGGUGCAGUGUCGAGCCUCCAGGUACCCGAACGGCAUAGAUUGCUCCUGGACACAGUCCCCAGCUCCAAAGGCCAACAUGUCAACCAACUUCAUCACCACAUACAGGGUCGGAAUGGAAGACAGCAAGCCCUGCAACCAGUUGAUACCUGGCUCCCUCAGUUGUAGCAUCUCAGACUUCAUGAAUUUCUCCAAGUUGCCUCACGUGCUCAGAGUCACUGCCAUCCACCCCAGUUGCACCAGCACCACCCUCCUGACCUUUGUGCCUGAUGAAAUCAUCAAACCCGACCCUCCGGUGAACAUCCGUGUGAGCCGCAUCCCUGAAAAUUAUCUGCGGGUGCAGUGGAAUCCUCCUGGAUCAUGGCCCCUCCCAGAAACGUACAGACUAAAAUACCAGCUUCGCUACAGGCGCUGUAAAGCUAAGCACUACUGGCAGGUGGGCCCCACUGAAGACACCACCUUAACGAUCAAGUUGGCUCACUCAAAGGGCAAGUACUGCAUCCAGGUCAAUGCUCAGCACUACUUGGACUAUGGGGAGCCAAAUCAAAGCCUGAAGGUGCAGUGUCGAUCCUCCAACUAUCCGGUCAGCAUAGAAUGCUCCUGGAUACAGUCCCCAGCUCCAAUGGCCAACACACCCACCAAAUUCAUCACCACAUACAGGGUUGGAAAGGAAGACAACAAGCCUUGCUACCAGUUGAUACCUGGCUCUCACACAUGCACCAUCUUGGAUUUCGUGAAGUUCUCCAAGUUGCUUCACAAGCUCAAUGUCACAGCCAUCCACCCCGGGGGCGUCAGCACCACACUCCUGUCCUUUGUGCCUGAUGAAAUCAAAACAUACAAACUCAAAUACCAGCUUCGCUACAAGCUCUGCAAUGCUAAGCACUUCCUGCAGAUGGGCCCCACUCAAGACACCACCUUAAUCAUUAAAUCGCUGCAGCCGAAGAGCAAGUACUGCAUCCAAGUCAAUGCUCAGCAUGGCUUUGGCUACGGGGAGCCAACAGCUGAGCGGCUUCGUACUGAGGCCGAGAGGGCACACCAGGCCCCGAGCCGUGCCCUGGAGGCCCUAGACAAGGCCAAGGAGAAGGCCAAGAAGAGAGUCCUGAUAGUGUAG